AUGGCUGACACGCUUGCCAGCGCCUUUGCGCUCAUGCAGGCCGGCGCGCGCGGCGAGGCACAAGAGAGAUUGAUUGCACUCGCCCGAAUCGCGCCCCAGAACGCGGAUGUUCACACAGCGCUGGGCGCGCUCGCGCAAAUGGAUGGCCAUGUAGACCGUGCGAUCGCUAGCUAUGCAACGGCCCUGUCGCUGUGUGGUCCCACGGAGGCGCUCCAUGGCAACCUGGGCCUUGCCCACUAUGCGAGGCAAGACUACAAGGCCUCUGUGGAGCAUUUUCGAGCAGCUAUUGCGCUCAACCCGGCGCGUCUGCCCGACCUCGCCCACAUGCUCGGGCUGGCCCUGCACUUUCUGCGCGACGACGCCGCGGCCAAGGACAUGUACGUCGCCGCUGUUGCCCACGCACCACACGACGCGGCAGUUCGCUUUGACUAUGGCGUGACGCUUCAAGCCCUUGGCGAUAUUGAGCAAGCCGGGGAUGCCUACAACCGCGCCAUCGCGCUCAAUCCCGCAAUGGGCUCGGCGUGGCUGAAUAUGGCGUCGCUGCACUUGCAGUACGGGGAAGUGAACAAGGCCCUUCGUGGGUUCGAGAAAACGCUGGGCCUUCCCCUUCCCAUUGACCUGUGGCUGUGUGCAACGACCAACUACGCCGUGGCCCUCGAGCUGGACGGUCAACCUCUUGCAGCAACCAAGUUUCUAAAGCGAGCCCACGCUGUGCUACAGCUUAAGGGAGCGACAACGUCAACGCUGUACUUGCACGUGUGCGAGCACCAAAUCCGAACAUGGCGCGCUAUUGCGUACUGGAAAGACUACGAACUGGUUUGGACGCGCUUCUUCGAGAUGACGUGGCAGCACGAGAUCCAAGUUGGUGCGGUGAGCUCGAUGAUGCCGUUCACGUCGCUCCUGCUUCCGCUGGCGCCCGAGAUGAAGCGCAAGAUUGCCGAAUCGAUCACACGACCGCAUGUUUCCGCUGAAAAACGACUUUGGCGCGCAACACCGCCGGUGGCCGGUGCCCGGCGCUUGCACGUCGGGUACCUCUCGUACGAUUUCAACAACCACCCGACUGCCCAUUUGAUGGAAGGCCUCUUUCGUUGCCACAACGCGUCGUCGGUUGAAGUUUCCAUGCUGAGCUACGGCAAAGACGACAACAGUUCUUACCGACGCCUCUUUCCAACGCUCGUCGAACACUUUGUGGAUCUUGCACGCGCAGGCACACGUGCAGCUGCUUCUGUUAUCCGAGAUGCGCACGUUGACAUCCUCAUCGACGCUCAAGGCCACACACUGGGUCAACGCCAUGACAUUGUGGCCCAGCAGCCCGCGCCGAUCAUCAUCAACUACCUGGUGUUUCCUGGCACAUUGGGGGCCCCGUACGUCGAUUAUCUGCUUGCGGAUGUCCACGUGGCACCACCAGAGCACGCACACCACUUUGUUGAAAAGCUCUUGUAUGUACCGCAUUCGUACCAAGUCAACUACUUUGCAUCGCCCGUGCCUUUCUCCGAGACGCGGCGCACCGGGCGCUUUGUUUUUGCCAACUACAACAAGAUCGACAAGCUCGAGCCGCGCGUGUUCAGCGUCUGGAUGCAGAUCUUACGCCGGGUGCCCCGGAGCGAGUUGUGGUUGCUGGCGCCAACGUCGACCAAGACAGAGCAGCUGACGAUGCGGCAUGUGCACAUGGAAGCUGCUGUCUAUGGCAUUCCACCAUCCCGCAUUCGGUUUCUACCACGCGUAACCAAGGCGGCCCACUUGGCGCGCCAGGCCGACGCGGAUUUGUUUCUUGAUACCUUUGUGUACGGUGCGCACUCGACGGCGACCGAUGCGAUGUGGGGACACCUCCCCGUGCUCACCCUUGCCGGCGACUCCUUCACAAGUCGCGUCGGCAUCUCCUUGGCUACCAACGCCAAUUCCGUCGAGCUCGUUGUCCACAGCGCCAAAGAGUUUGCCGACGUUGCGGACAAAGAUUGGAUCUACGACCGAGCGAUGAGCAGCGCCGCUGAAGUGUUUACGAUCAUGGCCGCGGCCGUCGCCGACGCCGGCGAAGCCCUCGUCAAGAAGGUCAACGGCAGCAUCAAGUUUGACGUCAAGGGCGCGGGCAUGUGGCUCAUCAACCUCAAGGCGGCGCCGGGUGCGGUGACUGCGUCCAACGCCGGCGAGAAGGCCGACCUCACCAUCACCAUCAGCGAGCCCGACUUUGUGGACCUCAUCAACGAGAAGCUCAACCCGCAAGCUGCUUUCAUGAAGGGCAAGAUCAAGGUCAAAGGCAACAUGGGCCUCGCCAUGAAGCUCUCGGCCGUCACGAACGCGACCAAGGCCUACUUGGCCAAGCAAAAGAAGUCUCCCGCGGCGGCGGCUCCGGUGGCAGCUGCGCCGGCGGCGACCAGUGGCUUGAAGUCGGCGGCGCUCUUUGUGGGCAUUGGCGAAGCGGUCAAGACGCAGGGCCCGGCGCUCGUUGCCAAGGUCAAGGGCACGAUCCAAUUCAACAUUGCGCCAGGUGGCGCGUGGUUCCUCGACCUCAAGAACGGCAACGGGUCGCUCGAAACAGGCUCCAAGCCGGCGGACUUGACCAUCAACGUCUCGGACGAGGACUUUAUGGCGAUCGCGGACGGCAAGCUCAACGCGCAGCAGGCCUUUAUGAAGGGCAAGCUCAAGGUCAAGGGCAACAUGGGCCUCGCCAUGAAGCUCAACAUCGUCAUUGAUGCGGCCAAGCCCAAAGCCAAGCUCUAA